CUGGCAACUUGUAUGAUCAGAAAUCUACUGCCACUGGUGCAUUUAACUCGAAACCACAGACUCAUGGAUAUGAACAACAGAACAAGAUUUGAGGGUGCCAAGAACGAGAUGCUGGCAACGCGCACAUGGAACGCCCUAUAGGGCUGAGCUCCACUGGACUCCCGCAAGGUCCUCAACGGUCCCGCCCGAAAGUCCUUGCCUUGAUUCCUUCCGCACGCUGGCAGCAGCCGAGUCUGCCCCUUUCUGCACACUCGCGACCGGAGAUUUUCGCUUCAGUCUGUGGUUCACUGGAAUUUCCCUCCAAUGGACUUUUGAUUAGGAUGUGUUCUCGGUUACUGGAUUCGAAGGUGUUGCCGGGUCUUGCACUCGGAGCACUGUCACUGGGCAAACACCACUACGAGUGGGUUCGUCCUGUUUUGCCAGCAACACAUUACAUCAUAGCUUCUCUGCAACGAGGCAAAUGAGGUUGCGCUGAUGCUCGAACCACGCACUGUGACUUUCGACACUGGCGUCGCAGCACCUCACUGACCGGGAACAAGGAAUCAGCU